UAUUACAAUAUGAUAGAAAAAGACAAAAUCGUAGAUUGAAUAUUGAGAGACAUGGAAAAGAACGUAUGGAAUUAGCAGCACAGAGAAGACAAGAAAGAAUAGCAGUGAAACAGAGAGAUUUACAUAAUAUUCCACAGUUAGAUAGGGAUAGAGAAGUAAUUGAUAAUCGAUUAGAUGUGCAACAGAUAAAUUUAGAUAAUAAUCAAAAUAU